UGGAGUGGUUCGCAUUGGCCGAGGACAGGACACGGUACCGGUUCCACGGGUUUCGCGGGGGCGGCGCGCCACGGCGGCAAGCACCGCGACGCCGGCCGCCAACCGGGAAGAGAGAGAGAACGCCUCGCAGAGGCCGCAGCCGCAGCCGAGCUGGUAAUCAGUGUCGUUUCCGCGCCAGCGCUGGCCACCACGCGACAGAUUACGCAGAUUACGUCUGUGCGACCAUCCUCCCCCUCCCCCCCGCCCCCGCCCGUCGCGCGUAACCGACACCACCGCUUGUGACACACCGCCGCCGGGUUGUGACAGUGCGACCACGGAUCCUAGCUUUCGGCGUCCGAAACGGGCAGACAAGCUGGCGGCUGAACGUUCGUUCGUGACUGAUACCUCGCGCGAGUAUUCUGACAGCGGGGGAGUGAUGAAGUUGACAAGUGUUUUGGUUCUUCGCCGUACCGACUGAACGUCACCGAGGCUUUGGAGAAUCACAGACUAGAUUGUAGAUUGUAGAUCGAUACCGAAAGACAGACCAGAGAGAGAAGAAACCGUGAGAGUUUGCGAGCGAUAAUGUUGGGCGCUUAGGCCGAGGAGAAGGUCGAAUCGUCAUGCCGGUCUCGUAAGGGUACGUGCUGCGUGUGAUACUUUAACGGGACGAUCCGCUGGUGCCGGCUCGGUCGGUCCACGGCGAUGCGGCGGAUUCCGAGAAUAACGGGCUUGGGAGUCGUUCAUCGAAUGCCAGCCCGUGAACGUUCCCGAUGAUCCUGCCGAGUAUCGAAGGCUUGCGAGUUGCGAUAAACGACGAUCCGACGACGAUGACGUUGGACGCAACGCACUGACGAUUGAAAACCGAGAGAAGCAGAGAACGAUGACAGCGUCGAUGGAUCGAUACUAAACGUGACAGUGGAAGAAACCAAGGUUUAAUCAAGGAUUAAGUGAUCAAUCUUGCUCGUUGAUGACGAGAUAACCGAGUCAAACGUUGGAAUACGCGAUACAAGUGACUGACGCCGAGAUCUUGCAGAGACGUUUACGAAACCGCAACCGUUUCGAAUUAUUCGUGAAAAUUAAGCAGCGUCGUGAGAAUCUCGAGAGGAACCACCGAACCACGAGACAGCUCCACGAUCCUCGUUCUCGAAGACUCGAGAAUUCGGUGGAGGGGAAAAACGAGAGGAGAAAGGAAGAAAGUGGAUCGGCAUGAGUAGCAGCGAGGGCGUGGUGACGGGCCAGGGUACCGGAAACGAUCGCCUCUGCGAGGACGUCGACAUGGCAACUUCGACGUCCGCGUCGUCGAACCUGAAGCCGCGUAGCGGCAAGAUCAGCUUCAGCGUCGACUCGCUGCUGAGCGAUAUGAAGAAGACUGGCGUCACCGGCGGCGCGUUCGCCGCUCGUCGAGAUAACGACGACCGAACGGACACCGAGAAGAACCUGGACAUGGAGACGAGAUAUCGCGAGCUGCUUCUCGAACAGCAGAGACUUCAAAGCCGCGAGCUGCUGGCCAGGCUGAGCCCGCACGGUCUGGCGUUCGCGAAUCAUCAUCACCAUCAUCAUCACCCGUCGAGCAGAGUGGAUCAGGAUCAUCCGUCGGCUGGCCGGCAGGAGAUCCUCACCGUGAAGGAUUUCUCGAGGACGAGCAGCCACGACAAGUCGUCGUCGCCGAUUAGAAUAGACCAGGAUGUGCAGAGGGAUCGGGACGAUCGGCGAUUGUCGAGCGGUUCGCCAACGGCCAACAGAAUCGCCGAGUCGAUGAUCCAGAGGGAACGCGGCCAGGAAGAGGACGAGAGGGUCGAGAGGAUCGCGAGCGAUCCGCGAUCGGUGUCGCCGAUCAGUAGACGAGAGAUGAUGGACGAUAGAAGCGACUCGGAGGCGAAUCGUUCGCUGGAAGGCGACAGAACCGGCGAUCACCUGGACCUGGAGGAUCAAGAGAUCAGAAGCGUGGGCCAGUCGGAGGAUUUGAACGUGAUGGACUCGGACUGCGAGCUGGAGAGGGAGCUGGACAACAAUCAGGAGAAGGAGGAGAAGUCGAGUCCGGUAGUGCCUCAGCCGAUUCAUCCGGGUGUUCAGAGGCCGUCACAGGGGCCGCCUUACCUCGCCGGUGCACCCGGUGCACCCGGCUGGAAUCCCGCGGGAUUCCCACAUUCUCUUGCGGGCUUCGCGUGGCUGCCCCCACCCCCGCAUCCCCACAAUCCUCACGGGCAUCUUUACACACCUCACGGAGGGCCAACUAGUCCGAAUGGCGACCUGAGGCUGCCAGGACCGGGGCCAGGGCCGGUCAGGUGCACCCUGAGGAAGCACAAGCCGAAUCGGAAGCCGAGGACGCCGUUCACCACGCAGCAGCUGCUCUCCCUGGAGAAAAAGUUUCGCGAAAAGCAGUACCUAACGAUCGCCGAACGGGCGGAAUUCUCGUCGUCCCUUCACCUCACGGAAACGCAGGUGAAAAUCUGGUUUCAAAACAGACGGGCGAAGGCGAAGCGGCUGCAGGAAGCAGAGAUCGAGAAGCUGAGGCUUUCGGCGAGGCCGUUGUUACACCCGAGUUUCGGCUCUGGCCUGAUGUUCUCCGGAGUGGGGCCUCCCGGAACACCAGGAGUGCCUCCCUUCAUCGCGGCGGCCAUGGCUAGGCACACCCAUGUCGCGGCCGCGGCAGCCAUGUUCAUGGGGCCCCCUGGACACAGGCCUUAAUAAGGCAGAGUCGAGCUGCCAAGAGCCCAAGUCGCUCGUACCUUGGCCAGUCUGCUUCUUCCGCACUGGCGAACCGCGCAAGAAACCUCUCUCGUUGCGAGAUUCAAUCAAGCUCGCUGAAUCGACUGAACUACCGGCGGCUCGUCUGAUUUCGUUAGAAGAGAGAGAGAGAGAGAGAGAAAGGGUUCAAUGGAACUGAUCAUGGUGUAACUCGAUGAUCGAAAGGUGGAAACAACAAAGACUGGAGGAGUCUGUGAUGAUUCGUAAAAUGGUGACGGGUUUGGAGAAUCAAGGUUGAAGUUCCGAGUGAAUGAAAUUGCUGGAAAAGAGGAAGCGCGCUGCCUUUACCGAGACAAAACAAUUUACCGAGAUAAAACAAAAAGGCAAACUGAGAAAACGAGCGUCUCUGGAAUCCGUGGUAACGAAUAGUGAUCUGUGACCGUGGCCAGCGACAGAAAAGAAAAAUAGAAUAACGCUAGAGGCGAGAAGUUUUCCAUCAGAUACGCAAAUUCAACAACAACCGUAACCUGUGUUCCAUUUCGAAAUAAGUUCCGGGCCAAAAUCAGUGAUUUUAAUUUACGUUCGGUGAACAUUCGACAAAAUUCCCACUUUCCGGUUCUCGUGUCUCGAUUGAGAAGCCUUCGCUCACGCGACAAAAUAAUUUCGGUGAAACUAUAUCGAAGAUCUCGACGAAGCCGCGAUCUUCAAGCCCGUCACCUUCUGGCGAACCUCGAAAUCGAAGAAAUCGAUCUCGUUCUCUCCCCCCGUCGAGCCUCAAUGAAAGCUAAUUCAGUGACAAGUGAUCCGGCACGGACGCGGUGGAAAUUGUAAACGGCGUGAGUUUCGAAGCGCGACACGUGAACGCGCGAUGUUCGUCGCUCGUCGUAGAAAGCGACGAAAGAGUUCAGCUCCGGCGUUCUCGCGAAACGAUAAAUCGACGGUGACUUUUACCCGCCGCCAGAUCGUUCUGGCCGGGGCCAGAAACGUGAGACACCGAGAGCUCCAGUCUCUCUUUUAUUUCUUUCUUUUUCUCUCUCUCUCUCUCUCUUCUUUCUACUUUCGCGCGUCCUCGUGCCGCGGCACGAAUGAUUUCGUUCCACGCGAAACAGACUCUCUGGGGCGGUAAAUAAAUCCUAGAUUAACUCGAUGCUGACGAACGACUCCCGUCGUUGAUAUCACCGCUGCGGUUUCGAUAGGUUUUCGUCCUUCUGAAUUCUCGAUUUUAGUUUAAUAGUUUAAUAGUGGGAAUUUGUGCUCGAUUUAUAUUUAAAUUAAAAUGGAGGUCUUCGAAUAUAAUGGCAUCAAAUUCUUUUAAAAUUAACGAAGUAGUUAAAAUUUGUGGUCAAUUUGUAUGAAACUAAAAUGGAAGUCAGUUCUUCUUUGCAAUUUUUGUAACACGAUAAGAUAACAGAGAAUCGCACAAGUCUUCGAAUAUAAUGGUAUCAAGUUGUUUUAAAAUUAACAAAGUAGUUAAAAUUUGUGCUCAAUUUAUAUCAAAUUAAGAUGGAAGUCAGUUCUUCUUUGCAAUUUUGGAAACACGAUAAGAUAACAGAGAAUCGCACAAGUCUUCGAAUAUAAUGGUGUCAAAUUGUUUUAAAAUUAACAGAAUAGUUAAAAUUUGUGCUCAGUUUGUAUCAAAAUAAAAUGGAAGUUCUUCUUUGCAAUUUUGGAAACACGAUAAGAUAACAGAGAAUCGCACAAGUCUUUGAAUGUAAUAAUAUCAAAUUGUUUUAAAAUUAACAAAAUAGUUAAAAUUUGUGCUCAGUUUGUAUCAAACUAAAAUGGAAGUCAGUUCUUCUUUGCAACUUUGGAAACACACAGUGAGAUAACAGAAAAUCGCACAACACAAUGGCACCAAAUUGUUUUAAAUUUAAGAAAAUAGUCAAAAGUUGUUCGUCCGCCUAUCGAGCCUGAUCGCGACUGCAUUUAGAACGCAUUUUUUUCAAGGCGUCUGAUCUCAGUGAAAAGGGUGGGGGAGAAGAGAAAAUGGCACGAAACCAAUGUACAUAUAUUGUAAAUAAGCCUGUAUCGAAUCGCGUGAGUGUACGUAUGUAUAUAUAAAUAUUAAUAUAUCGACGCGUGUACAGGACGUUCGAGUUCCGAUUAAUCGCGAUGCGAAUGAAGGAGAAAACGCGAAAAACGAGAACCGGGGCCGACCGACGAGAAAGAGUAGAA